ACGCCGAUCAACAACUUUUUAUUCAUUUCUUUAAAGUCAUGCUCCUGUUGCUGUGUCUGUUAUCUGCGCUGAUUUUCGGCGAGGAUGGGAAAGCGACUGCAGAGUUCACUCCGACCGGACAGUCUCUGCAUAUCAAUGACGGGAACUUUUCAAACCGGGACCACUUGAAACAAGAGCCCUUUCAGCAGCAACAACAAGUGCUCGGUCCCACGUCAGAUUCUGAUUUAAACUUGAAGGUCCACAUCAACAAUGUGCUGAGUCGUCAGUUACUGAGCCAGGCUGUGGUGGAGGUCUACAUCAACUACACCAGGACCAACUCAGCUCUUACUGGGGAGGAUGGCAGUGUUCUGCUUUAUGUACCAUACCAGACUGGGAUGCCAAUCACAAUUGUGGCCAGCAAGAAUGGCUACCUUUGCACAAUGCUGCCUUGUAAAACCAACAGAAUGCCAAUAUUUUCUUCUGUGACCAUGUCACUACUUGGACUGAAUCUGGGGAACAUCUGGCUCUUUGAUGAUUCUAUCCUGAUCACUGGCAAAACAUCUGAUGCUUGGCCGCAGCCCAUUGUCCAGUUUCCCAAAAGCCUGUUGAAUCUAACAGACUCGGACAGCAAUGUCACUUCUGUUAGAGCUUACCUGACCAUUCCCAAGCUGCCGUCAGAGGAGGACGGCUUUCUAAACACUUUUGGCAUCAUGAGCACUAAAUCAGGAUACAUCAGUAUGGAGUUGAGUCCUGUGGCUGCUGUCAGUGUGCAGCUUUUCUCAGGAGACACAGAGUUACAUGUGACUGGGCCCAUACACGUCAGCCUCAGCGUUCCUGACAGCUGUGGACUUCAGACUAACAAUGUUGUUCCAGCAUGGUUCUUUAAUCAGACCACUGGUGGAUGGAUGAGGAAAGGACUCGGGACGGUGGUGUCAGCAGGCGGAAAACUCAGGUGGAACUUCACAGCUCCGCACCUUGGUUACUGGAUCGCAGCGCCUUUAUCACCCACUAGAGGUUUCUUUGGACUUGCCAUCCCCAUUGACUUCAUCCUGCACCAUUCAUCUCUCCUGAUGCUCAUCCUUGGAGGAAUGCUUGUUAUUGUCAUCUGUCUUCUGGUUGGGUUGUUGUAUUCUCGCAGACGUUCCCUCAGGGAAACUAAAACCAAGAAGAUCCUACCAGCGCUGAGAAAAGACCAAACCACCUCCACAGGUGACAAUGAGGUCUUUGAAGAACCUUUAGGGGACUCCUCUCGUCCCCAAGAUGGACUGAACCAAUCAUUGGCAAUCAAUCGGCACAAUGCUUCUGUUAUUUCUAUGCAUAAUGGCAAUGUGAUAACCAACUCCAGUGCUGUGGCCAUUACAAUGGAGUGUAACGAACUGGAGCUCACCAGCGACCUGAACGAUCUGAUGUGUUCGCACGAAUCUACAGAUCAGAUCAGAUUUCCAGCUUCUCUGACAGAGAAUCUGUUUUUUUACAACCAGCCUGUUGCCAUCCUUCACGCUCCAGCAUUCUUCCAUUUGGAUGAGCAGCCAGAGCAGCCCCAGCGGAGCAAGUCGGCCACUCUUCCCCGUACAGGGGCUGCCGCCGCCGAGCCACUGAGUAAAGACAGCUUUACCCAGACUCUGACAAAAAGUCCCUCUGACGCACAGAACCAGGCUGUGAAAAGUGAAGACCAGCCUGAGAUUUCAGAGAGCACUCAGGCAGAAACUUCCACCAACACAUCCAGAGGUCACUUCAGCCUCCCAGAGUCAGCGUCCGUCCCGGGAACACUGUGUAAAAUCAGGGACAUCAGACACUCUGUGCGUACCUUGGCAGAACUUUCUAAGAUGCCCCAGCCUCCUCGGGCCUGGUUUGUCUCACUGGAGGGCAAACCUGCAGCUGAGAUCCAUUACGCAGUGUCAGAGCAGCAGAGGAGACGGAGGCCAGUGGAGAGUCGGGAAACCAGCUUGGACUCAGGAGUGGAUAUGAGCGAAUUGAACCAGACGUCUGGAAGGAGGGCCGUAACACUGGAGCGCAAUGCUACUUUUGUCAAAAGCACAUCCAGCAGUAAACAUGCUACCCCACAGUGAAGACUCCUCCAUGCAUACAGCCUGCCAUGUUUGGAGAAACGGCAUCAGCAUUCAUUGUUUAUAACCCUGAUUCCCAAAAAGUUGGGACAAUACAGUUUUCAACUGAAUGUAUGUCAAAAAUUACAGUCACCGGCCACUUUAUUAGAUUACACCUUUUCAACUGCUCGUUAAUGCAUAUAUCUAAUCAGUCAAUCACAUGGCAUCAACUCAAUGCAUAGGGAGGCAAACCAGGAAGUGCCUUAAGUUGCAUUCUACCGAAAAUUCCAGCAGGGGGUGCUAAGUUUGGCUGCAAAAGCAUUUCUGUCCAUUAAUUUCAAUAUAAAAUGAGAAAACUUCUCAUUGAUUUAUUACCUCAGAAAUUUUUUUUUAGGGCAACACUAUAGUCAGGUAUAGACAGGUCACUAACAAGGCGAGCCAUCUUCAGGAGAGAAGCAGAACAAUGCGUAUCCACGGCAACUUGUCAAUUAAGUUGUAUAUAACGUUAAAUACAUAUUAAAAAAGGACGUUUAGCGGUUUGAUCUCAUAACUUUGACCCUUUCACUGUAUUUUCACUUAAUGACAGUUUAUUUUAACGUUUUGUUCAGUAAAAAUGUCUGUUCAGCGUUUGGUUGGACUAAUAGACACUAAGAAAGAUACAUUUUGUUUUUGUUUUUUUGCUAGCCAAAACUAACAUCCCAGUUAAUGCUUCAAUUAAUGCUAACAUGAAUUAGCAGCGACUUCUCUCAGUCAGGUUGAGGUGUAGAGAGGCAUGUAGUCAGUGAUCAGAUCCCUCUCCUCCUCCACAGUCCAAAUAUGGUCUGCUCCCCGUAUUGGAAACAAGAUGGUGACACAAGAUGGAAACGAUUUGUAAUGAUGAACUCAAU